AUUUUCUCUACCCAUUUCUUUUUUAAUUGUUGUCCGGUUUAGGAAAGAACUAAAAAAACUAACUUAAUCAUGUCUUUCUCUGGUAUGUGGAAAUUGGUUGAAAGCGAUAAAUUCGAUGAUUAUAUGAAGGCAAUCGGCGUUGGCUUGGCACUCCGAACCAUCGGUAACAAAACUAAGCCAUCUCAAGAAAUCAUCAUCGAUGGAGAUAACUACACCAUCAAGACUAUUUCUACUUUUAAAAAUACCGAAAUCAAGUUCACCCUCGGUACUGAAUUCGAUGAAAAGACCAUCGAUGGAAGAAACGUAAAAACUACUCCAACUAAAGAUGGUAAUAAGAUCGUCUUACACCAAAAGGGUGAUCCCGAUUCAAUCAUCACUAGAGAGUUGGUCGAUGAUAACACAAUGAAAAUGGUUCUUACUUGCAAAGGUGUCGUUUGUACAAGAGUUUACAAGAAAGAAUAAGCACUUGGCUUUUGGUCUUAGUCUCUAGUUGCCUAGAAAAAUAAAAUGUUCUUACAAUUUUUAAUUGUCUUCUUUGCUUUAUUUUACUAUUCGUUAGAUGAAAAUUUUCGCACUGCUUAUACAGUAUAUACUAUAUAUAUAUGUGCAGUAUAUAUAUAUAUUGUAUAAUAU